AAACAACGUAUCCUUUUCACGAAUCGAAAAACCGAUAAGAACAGAAAAUAAAAUUAUCCGUUUCUUUUAACUCUAGUUAGUUCAGUCCAACAGCUAUGUAAACGUGGCCUCUUCUAGACGAGAAAGCAAUCAUGACCUAUAUAUACUUGUAAGCGCAGAGAUUUUUAGAUGAUUAUUGGUAUUCAACAAAUUUAAUUUCAACUGUCAUUGAUCAUGUACUCCUUUUCAAAGUAGCCAAAUUCAACGAUCAAACUCAGUUAUUAUGGUUGCAAAGGUUUUACUUGAACUCCAUCUUCAUCUCUGAGCCUUCAAAGCGUAAUUAAACUGUAUAAAGCCAUGAUAGGAAGAAAAAGAAUCUGGAAGCCAGUUGGGUUUGUAGAUUACAGUUCUUUAUUACUGUCAGUAGUAAACAAUGUGGAAAGAAGAUUAAUGUCCACUUGCAGAGCAGUGGUGGUUCCAAGAUUUGGAGGGCCAGAGGUUCUGGAGGUUCGACAAAAUGUGGGUAUUCCAGAUUUGGGUGCUUCAGAGGUCCUGGUCAGAACUUUUGCCGUGGGUAUUAAUCCUCUGGAUUGUCGGAUGCGAUCAGGAUACGGUCGAUCAUUAUUUGAACCUCUCUUGCCUCUGAUUUUGGGCCGAGACAUCAGUGGUGAAGUUGCAGCUGUUGGAAGUUCAGUUCGGCAGUUACAUGUGGGCCAAGAAGUCUUUGGAGCUCUGCAUCCCACUGCAAUAAGAGGCACUUACAGUGAUUAUGCUAUUCUAUCAGAGGAGGAGCUUGCACCAAAGCCACCUUCUCUUACACAUGUGGAAGCAAGUGCGAUACCCUUUGCAGCAUUGACAGCAUGGCGAGCUUUAAAAAGCACUGCUAGAAUAAAUUCGGGACAAAGUUUACUUGUAAUCGGAGGUGGAGGUGCAGUUGGGCUUUCUGCAAUCCAGUUGUCAGUAGUAGCAGGGUGUAGAGUAGCAAGUACUUGUGGAAAAGUAAGUAUAGACCGUGUUAUGGCAGCUGGAGCAGAACAGGCUGUUGACUAUACAUCUCAGGACUUGAAAGCAGAGCUAAAGGGGCAAUUUGAUGCAGUCUUAGACACAAUUGGUGUUCCUGAAACUGAAGCAUUAGGCAUUGGACUUCUGAAGAGAGGUGGUCACUACAUGACUCUUCAGGGAGAGGCAGUUUCAUUAACUGACAAGUAUGGUCUACUUGCUGGUGGUGCAGCAGCAGCGGUUGUAUUGUCAAAGAAACAAGUACAGUAUCGGCAAUCACAUGGAGUGAAUUACUCGUGGACCAUUAUGAGAACUGAUUCUGAAGCUUUGGAAGAGAUUGCAAGAUUGAGUAAAGUGGGGAAAUUGAAGAUACCUGUAGGAAAGACAUUCCCAAUGACAGAAGCCGCUGAGGCUCACCGUGUUAGAGAAAGCAAAGUAUUACGAGGAAAAGUUGUCCUUCAAAUUGAGUGACAGUGGCUAUGUUCUUGUUCGUUAAUUCUUCACAACAGAACAAAAUAAGGUUGCCAUCUUGUGCAGGACUUAUAAAUAGAUAAAACUGGGAGUCAAUUUUUUUGAGAUCAAGAUAAUAAAUUGUAUUAAUUUGGCAAGAGCAUUAUGACUCAUUUUUAAGAUUAAAUCGAUAAUAAUGUUAAUUUGGCAGUGUACGAUAAUACACAUUGUACAUAUACUAACAAACUAUUUCAAACUUAUCAUACAUGUAAAUUUCAAGUUGUUUCCUUUACUGAUA